AUGGUAGCGAUGGUGGCCUCGGCGUCCGGAUACGGCACUCUUCGCCGAUUUCUGAGCGCACCUGAUGGCCAAGAGAUAGAAAACACCGGUGUUAUCCCAAGCGCCUCAGUCGCGGUCUCGUCAAAGCAGCGAGCGUCGAUUAAAUGGCUGCUGUCGAAGGCAUUCAAUAACCGGGUACCGGAUAAUCUUCAAGAGCCGUUCUACAGGGAUCAUGAGGACCAGGAGCACUUGAAACCGCCGAUCGUGGGCGGGCUGGCCAACGCGGAGCUGUAUUGCCUCGCGUUGGCCAACAUGUACUCGGACCCCAACUACCACAACCUCAACCACUGGAACAUCCUGCAGACGCUGACACGGAAGGGCGUACAGGUGCCCGACCCGCCCGACUGCGCGCUCACGGAGACUGUUCUUAUACAGACCAAUCCGCUCAAAAUGAGCGCGCACUUAGCUGUGAUAGAAGCUGUGAUGGCGCUGUACGCGCGGGAGGUGGUCACGUUGGACCGCGUGUCGGCGGCGACACAGCGGUUCGGCACGAGUCAGCCCUUACCCGUCGGCUCAAGUAUACCCCACGAGGACGGGCUGCUUUGUUGGAUCAAUGCGGCUUGCGCUGCGCUUAAUAAGGCUGAGGAGAACUCAUCAUCACUAGUGCCGAUGGUGAAAAAUCUCCAAGAGCUAUGCGACGGCACGGCAUUAGCGGCUCUCAUCUCGUUCUACUGCCCUGACGUGUUGCCGCGCUCCGCCGUGCGCGUCGGCCGCAUGUCCUCUAUACAAGACUGCUUGCACAACAUCAUGAUGGUGUACGACUUCUGCCAGAACUGCCUGCCGCAUAACGUGUUCCAUAUGCUGCCGGAGGAUGUUACCUAUAUGCGAGGGUCGAUGCGUCAAAAUUUAAUAGCAAUGUUAGCGGACCUGUUCAACAUGCUCGAAGUACACCCCGUCAAAGCGGUGAAGUACCCUGGAAGUGCGCGCGGCGGCGAGAGCAACGCGCACGGCGUGCGGCACAGGCGCUGCCUGCCGCCGCCGCCGCCCGCCGCCAUCCCCGAGCUGCGCGCCGCGCCCGCGCCGCCCCACGCCGCGCACGCCGCGCACGCGCAGCCCUUCGCAGUGUCGCGGUCGCCGUCCGCGUGCGGCGUGCGGGCGCGCGGGCCGGCCAGCCGCUCGGCGUGCUCCACGCCCGAGCGCCGCAGCUGCAGUCCGCAGCGCGAGGAGUUCGUGGUGCACAGCCGGAAGGCUAUCACCACGCUGUCCGCUAUGGCGAGGCGGGAUGAUGAGAUGUUCCCAGAGAACGUAACAGCGGCGGGGCGGCCGUCGAACUGGGCGGAGUCGCGCGAGGGCAGCUUCGCGGGGCGGCGCUCGCGGCGCUCCUCCGUCACCGACGACAGCCAGCUCACGGUGGAGAACUUCGGCGGCUCGCAGGACCGCCUGCACUUCGCCGGCAGGAACCCGGAGAAGGAGCUGGCCACUGUGGCCAAUGUUAGGAAGAUAUCCGCACCCGCUGGUCCACUAGACCUGAACCCGCCGCUUCGAUCAUCGAGACAGGACAUCCGAGGGUCGAUCCAGUUCUUCCACGGCGACUACCAGAACGGCCAAGAAGAGCGCCACAAGGUAGAGCGCCAGCACUCCGCGCCGCAGGUCCCGGAGACCUUCCCGAACAAGGCCGGCGGCGACGGGUUCUUCCUCAACGACCGAGACGCCCCAGACGGAGACGUCACUAAGACCAGCUUUGCGGAUUUGACUAAAAUCAGAAGUAAUGGAGAUCAGCAGGGCGCAGGCGAGGGCGAGCGACGCAAGACGUCGUUCAGCACCCCCGCCACAAACACCACCACCUGGCAGCAGCACUUCCUCCAACACGACCAACCCAACGGCGACGACUCGGAGGCGUUGGAGGACCGCCAGGGCGACGGGCAGGCGAUGGCGGCGCAGCUCAACAACAUCCGCCUGAAGCUGGAGGAGAAGCGGCGCCGCAUCGAGCAGGACAAGCGCCGCAUGGAGCUGGCCGUCAGCCGCCAGCGCCAGCAGCUCGGCCAGCAGGCCUUCCUGCAGGCCGUCACCAGGGGCAAGGCGCGCACGCCGGCCGACGACGCGCCGCCCGACCAGCCGCAGGACAUGGUCGUCGAGGCGCCAAAUCAGACUGCGGAGAAUGUGGCGCUUGAGCAGUAUCAGCAAUCUAUUGCGAACCUGCAGGAUAUCCAGAGUGACAUCGCGCGGCUCGCCAGUCAGCAAAGCCAGCUACAACAGCAGCAGCAACAGCAGCAGCAGCAGCAACAGCACCAGCAGCUGCAGCAACAGCUGCAACAACAGCAGCAACAAAUCCGGGAACAACAGCAACAGUUACAACAACAGCAGCAGCAAGCGAAACAAUUAUUCCAACAACAACCACCUCAGUCUCCUUUCCAGCAACAGUUUCAACAAAACAUUCCACAAUUGCACAGCCAAUUCAGCUCACAGCACAACGUAUCGCGGCCGAGCAACGCAUUCGGCUCCACGCCGCACUUACCGCGCGACUUCUACAACUACGAACAGCACCAACCGACCAACAUGCAGCAACAGAACGUCCAGAACCAAAACUUCCAGUUCCAAUAUAGGGAUAUAGAGCAGGAUUUCAGUCGGCAGUUCUUCCUGCACGACGCUCCCGCUCAGCCGCAGCGCCGCACGUGGGCGCAGCAUGCGCAGAUGCAGCAGGAAAACGCAGAGUUGAGAGGCUGGCAGUUGCAUCAGCAAAACAACCAGCAGCAGCAGUACCAACAGCAACCACAGCAACCGCCCGAGCCAGCGCAAAGGACGUGGAAGGCCCCAUCGCCCCAGCCUCCCCCUGAGCGUAACUGGAACCCGCAAGGCUUCGUCCUGCACGAGAGGAACAACCAGCCCUUCCAAGUACACUACAACACGGAUCGCUACCAAAACGGUACCGAGAACGUGAGAGAAACCCAAAACCACCUCAGCUACACUGUGAUAAAUCCCAACCAAUACGCGUCUCAGUCACCGCCCUUGUCGAGUCCGAGAAGGGCCAAGACUCCGCAGAGGCAGGGCUCGCUGCCAGAGGCGCGGCGUCCUGAACCCGUGGCUUUGCACCAGCUCAGCCACCACCCAGCGCCCCACCAUCCACCUGCCCCAGAAGAUAUGGAACCUCAAAACAUCUCCUUCAUAGGCAACGCGGAAGACGACGCCCUCCGGCAGGGCAUCAACAGACUGAACAUCUCCUCCGGUACCCGAACGUAUCGAAUCCCGUCCCCGACGAGACCCUCUCUCGCUAACUCGUUCCAACAACUCGAUAAUGAGCCGAACGAGAAAGGUUUUUAUAUAUCGUUCGAUAACGAACAACCGAAGCGGCCAAAACCUCCGUUGAGGGCGAAACGUGGCUCGCCGAGAAAGGAGCGGGCUGAGUACGGAAGUCCUGAACGGAGUCCAGAGAAUACCUGGAGUGAACCAAUGCGGGAGGAGAUGAGGGAGGAACCACGAGAAAUGAGGCGACAGUCGCCGGUGAGGGAACGAAUGCGUCCCCCGAGCGCGGAACCUGCUGCGCUUAUUAUUGGGGAAUCAAAUUUGGAUCCUAACUCGGCCGAGGAAAUGGAGCGCAAGAAGGAGCGUAUAAUGCUGCUGUCGCUGCAGCGGCGGCAGCGCGCGGACGAGGCGCGCGCGCGCGCGGACGCGGCGGCGGCGGCGCGGCGCGCGCGCGACGAGCGCGAGGCCGAGGCCAAGGCGGCGCGCAAGGAGGAGCAGGCGCGCCGCCGCCAGGCCAUCCUGGCGCAGUACAAGCUGAAGAAGGCCAUCGAGGAGGCGGAGCGCGAGGGCAAAGUGUUAGACAAAAGCGAGUUCCUAGACACGCUGUCGCGCGGCGGCACGGCGCCCGCCACGCCGGCGCCGCGCCUGCGCGGCCGCCUGCCGGCGCGCGCGCGCCCCAAGACCAUACACGUGGACAGCGGCGCGCUGCAGGCCGCGGAGGGCAUCAUCAGCAAGCAGCCCUCCUCCACCAACCUCACUGGCGGCACCUUGCGGCGCGACUACUACCGCGGCUCGCAGGACAACCUGGCCGAGCGCGCCGCGCUCUACAGAGAUUCUCCGGUAGACGAUCGUGGCGGUAUGUCCCCGAGCAGCGCGUCCAGCGGCGCGUUAGGGCGGCGCGGCUCCUGCAAGACUUCCAGAGAGCGCGUCAAUGACGAACCACAGUCGACUCGUGGAAGGUCUAAAUAUUCCACUUACCAGAAUAACUUUAAGGCGGGGAGGAAAUCUAGCUCUCUUAUGAACCUGUGCGACUCGGGGCUGGGGCGCGCCACGCCGCCGCGCCGCGCCGCGUCGCCCGGCCUGCGCGCGCUGGCGUCGCCCGCGUCCGGCCCCGGCUCGCUGCCCGGCGCGCUGCCCGGCGGCAUCGGCAAGCGCCGCCACGACGACAGCUCCGACGUCUCCUCCACGCACUCCUCCAUUAUGGAUUACUCUGGUCCGAGACUGUACAAGCAACCGGCGACGAAGUCUAAUAGAGGUAUAAUGUUGAACGCGGUGGAGUACUGCGUGUUCCCGGGCGCCGUCAACGCGGAGGCGAAGCGCCGCGUGCUGGAGGAGAUCGCGCGCUCCGAGAGCAAGCACUUCCUGGUGCUGUUCCGGGACGCCGGCUGCCAGUUCCGCGCGCUGUACAGCUACUGCCCCGACACCGACACCGUGGCCAAGCUGUACGGCACCGGGCCCAAGCACGUCAAUGAUCGGAUGUUCGAUAAGUUUUUCAAAUACAACUCGGGCAGUAAAUGUUUCUCGCAAGUGCACACGAAGCACCUCACGGUCACCAUCGACGCUUUCACGAUACACAACUCCCUGUGGCAGGGCAAGAAGGUGCAGCUCCCCAGCAAAAAGGACAUGGCCCUCGUCAUA